AGCGCGGCGGGCCACAAGGUGACUUCAUCCCCAUUGUGAUUCGGUGAACGUCCGCUCCGCUCGCUCGCACUGUGGUGUGUGCGGCACGUCCCUCUACCCGCCCGAGGCAGCCGUGGCCACAGUGCGUAGCCCGGCCGCACCGUGUUGUCGAGAGCCCUGCGCGACGGCAGUACCCCCUGCUGCGUACCUGGAGCGCGUGGUGCUGCUGUUGCUGCCGCUGCCCGAGCCGAGCGCCCGCGCACCGCACGAUAGGCCACCCGCUCCGGGCCGGCGCGUGCGAGCUGCCUACCCAGAGGCUGACGGGCGCUCCCCGCCGCUGAGCUGCGCCGCCGCUACCGCUGCUCUGCUGACAGCGCUGCUGACCUUACCCUUCGGCCGCCUUGACAAGGGCACGGCGCUCGUCAUUAGCGUGAGAUAGCUCGCCGUAAACGGUCAGUGUUAUACGGCUUGAUUGGCAGGCAGGCCUGACGGGCUCGCGGGCUCCUGGACACGGCUGACACGGCGGUGACGCCAUCCCCGAGGCCGGGACGGGGCACUGUGUGGGCUCGGCUCGACCCGGGCGGACGGUGUGGCUCCAGGCUGCAGGACGGAUGUGGCGUCUAAGGGCCCCCUGUAGGGUCCCCGCUCCCCGCGCCCCGCGCCAUGGCCGUCAUACGCUCCUUCUGCUCCGCCUUCUCCAUUCGCCUGGGCUCCAUCAUCGUCGGAGCCGUGUGCCUGAUGCAGGCGGUGGCGAUGGAGGUGGCUUGCCUUGUAGGGCUGCAAGACGUACACAUGGUCUCUCAAAACUUGAAUGAGUUCAUGUUCGAGAGAGACUUCUUGUUCGCCUCUAGCUUUCUUAACAGUAUAAAAAAGAACCCAGAGCCAUUUCUCGUGGGAACACUUAUAAUUUUGUUGGUGUACUCCUUUUCCUGCAUUCUAUUGAUUGUCGGCGCACUUAAGUUGAACGUGUGGCUGGUGGUGCCCUUCGUAGCUGUCGAGUUUCUUCGCUUGUGCGCCAACCUAGCCAUCCUGGUGGCGGGCAUGCUCAUCCUCAAGAAGAACAGCCUGGACCUGGGGCCCCUCAUGGGUGGCAGUUGUGGUGGUGGCUUCUUCAUGCUGCUCAUGAUAUACCUGUGGACGUGCCCGCUGAGCCUGGCGCAGGAGCUGCUGCGGCGCCGGCGCGAGGACCGGCCCAAGGGGAGCCCCGUCCGCGUGCUCAACGGCGCCGCCCUCACGGACGCGACCGCCCUCGAGGCCAAGCUGUGGCGCCACACCACGCACGUGACGCAGUACCCUUACGUGUCCCAGUACCCGUCGUACCGAGGGUACCCCAUCUACAUCGAGUAGCAGCCGCCGCCGGUGAGCUUCACGCACGGGUGUGCAAUAAUAGCAGCGGCGCUUUUACAUUGUAAAGUAUGUUUUUAUCUCUAAAAAACAAACACACAUUUUAAAAAAACCUACUGUUUGAUGGAACUUAAUAGGUUUUCUUCUCUACAACUGUACUAAUAAAAAUCAACAACAAAGUAACAA